UCAACGGGCAUUUUUAGGAGUCCCUCUCCUAUCGCCGCAACACAAACACAAUGUUGUCUUCGAUUGGAGCCAUUUUCAAUUUCAAAAUGUUGAUUUACUCUACCCGGUUCAUUCAUCUUCACUGAAACACAACAAAUGAAAAUGCUCUCAUCUCGCGUUUUUAUUGUAACGGCUAAGUAAAAUCCCCAUUUUUGGGAUUAGAAAAUGUCCCAAAAUUUCCAUGGAUGGGAACCCUAACUCUUCCGAACUUCUCCGCCAAUUUCAAGCAGCUCUCAAACGCCCCCGACCUCCUGGUGGUGCCUCGCAACCCAAUAUCAUGCGGCCAAAACGUUCUGCUGCUGCUGAAGCAAAGGCAAUGGCCAUGAGUAAUUCUCAGGACUCUCAAUCCAGUCUGGAUCAAUCGGGGAAUCACUCCCUUUCUUUUCCAGAUGAAAUGAAGUGCUUGCGAAGCAGCGUGCCUGAAGCAUCAACCGGAAGCAAUCAAGAUUUGAAGCCCAAAAUAUUUCAGCAGGCAGAGUCUAAAAAGAGUUUGAUAUCCGAUGGAGGAAAAGUUUCUAUAUUGCCAAGGAGAACAAUAAUUACUCAAGAUCAUUUGCAUAAAUUCAAAAACUUUUUAAGCCAACCAGCUACACAAUCUUCUGUAGUUGGCCCCUCGUGUGCAACAACUACAUCAGUCCAUUCAAGUUCGGCUCCCAUGCUGAAUUCUUUAACCGGUUCUUCUCAUUCCCAUCCAAAUAGUGCCUCAAAUUUGGUUGCAAAAUGUUGUGGGAACCUUAAUCCUCGUCCAAUAACUCAUGGGGUUAUUAAGUCGGAAAAUACUAACCUAAAAGAAACCAAUAGAAUAUCAACAGAUCAAGCAACUACUGCAGUCCAAGCUUGUAGUUCACUUACUGAUGCUGAAUUGACAUUUAAGGAGAGCAACCCACCUAAAGAGCUGCAAGGAAGCGUUGCAAAGGAAACUAGUAUUUCGAAUAAUGUUGUUUCCUGUAAUGACCAUGCGUUAACUAAAGGAAAAGACUCUGCAGUUACUACCAACACACAGCCCGAGGCUCCAACUGUAUCUUCAGAAGUGAAGUUGGAGUCUUCAAAGUUAGGUAAAACAGAGAAAGAUAAAGCUGCUCGGAAAAUGACCUAUAACCCUGUUUCGUUUUUCAAAGUUAGUGGCAAGUUAUAUCAAAGGCUUGGAAGAAUAGGUACAGGAGGAAGUAGCGAGGUACACAAAGUGAUUUCAUCAGAAUGUACAAUCUAUGCGCUUAAAAAGAUAAAACUAAAGGGUCGUGAUUAUGCCACUGCAUAUGGAUUUUGUCAAGAGAUUGAGUAUCUAUACAGACUGAAAGGAAAAAGUAAUAUUAUACAGCUUAUAAAUUAUGAGGUGACUGACAAGGCUUUGCUUGAGGGAGUCAUGAAAGGCUCUUUCAACAAUAAGGGUGGUAAAGUCAAGGAUGAUGGAUUUAUAUACAUGGUGCUUGAACACGGGGAAAUUGAUUUGGCACAUAUGUUGUCUCAGAAGUGGAAGGAACUGGAUGGGUGCAACCAAACCAUAGAUGAAAACUGGCUUAGGUUUUAUUGGCAGCAAAUUCUUCAAGCUGUCAACACAAUCCAUGAGGAACGUAUUGUGCAUUCUGACUUGAAGCCUGCAAAUUUCCUCCUUGUCAAAGGUUCCCUCAAAUUGAUCGAUUUUGGAAUAGCUAAAGCAAUAAUGAGUGAUACAACAAACAUCCAGCGGGAUUCACAGGUUGGCACUCUAAACUAUAUGUCACCAGAAGCAUUUAUGUGCAACGAGAGUGAUGCGAAUGGCAACAUCAUAAAGUGUGGUCGGUCAUCAGACAUUUGGUCCUUAGGUUGCAUCCUGUAUCAAAUGGUAUAUGGGAGAACACCUUUUUCAGAUUACAAGACAUUUUGGGCCAAAGUCAAAGUGAUAACUGAUCCAAAACAUCAAAUUACAUAUGAACCAGUUUCAAACCCAUGGCUCGUGGAUCUUAUGAAGAAGUGUCUUGCAUGGGAUCGGAAUGAAAGGUGGAGAAUUCCUCAGUUACUCCAACACCCUUUUCUUGCUCCUCCAGUUUCAUGUCAUCCUUCUUUGUCCCAAGGUCAUACCUUUAAAUGGCUGCAACUUAUUACGGAAACUGGUACGCAUGAUCAAGAAGCUUUGCAGCUUUGUUGUCAGCUCCAACAGGUGCUUGGCGACCCCUUUAAGUUGGUAACUCCUGACAGUUUAGAUUCGCGAGACGGACAAUGCAAGUUGUUGUCCCGUAUAUCAGAACUCUGUUUUCAGCUGCAAGAACGAUUAGCGAAUUCUGAUAAAAAUUCUGAUAACAAGUAGUUAGUGGUUUUUGUUGGUGCUCAUUCCAAAUUCUUCUGGUUUCUAUUCUAUCUGUUUGUUUUUUAUACUAGUAAGUAGCAAACGAAGUUUUGGGAUCAUGCUAUCUCAUGUCUAAUUGAAGGUUUUGUAAAUAUUAAUUUAGAAUAUUGUAACAUAAAAGAGAUCAAUUUAGAAGGUACUAUGGAUGUAGGGUAAAAUAUCCAAAAUGAUGGUUUUGUCAAGAAAUUCUACAAAAUGAUGGUUAUAUAUCACGUUGAGUUCUUUGAUUCAUACUA